CUGGGCUUACAAAUGUCUAAAAGCGUAAAAUUAAGAAAAAUGAGUAGUAAAUGCAAAAAACUGAGAAACAACGGGGACUAGUCUGCAAAUUAAAUUACAUAUUAAUAUAGUGAUCAAAAUUCAAAAGUUGUAAGAAAGACAAGAAUCUUCGAAGAACAUGUAUGCAACUAACUCCCUCGUUUUUAUCUUUUGUCUUCCCCGCACGAUCCGAUCCGUACAUAAACAGUCCCUCCCUACCAUACCGAAGUUACUAAAAAAGAAAAACCCCAAAAAAAGAGAGGAAAUUUCUAAAUCUGCAAAAAAAACCCUCCAAAAAUCAAACUAGUUUUUUUUGACUGGUUAUCGUUUCAAAGGGUUUGUUUGAGUAGUAGAAGAAUAAGAAGAAAUGAUGGGAAUCGAUGCUAAAGAUGUCUGUGUGAUCGUCUGGAAAAUCAUAAGAUAUUCGACGAACACAACUUGCAGAUGCGUGAAGAGAUAUCCAGUUGCUUCGGGUGUUUCAGCGUUUAUGAUCCUCUUGUACACUUUUCUUCCUUGGCUUUUCUAUCUCUUGCUCUGUUCUUCUCCGUUGAUAGCUUCUGCUUCGUUUUAUCUCCGGAAUCACCUGAGUUCGAAGAUCGGUGACUCCUCGGAGGAGGAAAAUAGAACGGAUCGUGAGUUAUCCUCUGUUUCCGGUGAGGGAGGAACAGCGAAGGCUGAGUUAAAGCACCAAAGAAGUGUUCGACGAAACGCGAGAAGGAAAGUUGAAGAAGUCGGGAAAGAUUGGGACUCGUCUCGGGCUAGCGAGGACGAGAGAGGAAAAGUUAUUAUGACAACUCUCUACGGUGAAUUACCGGAGACGACCAUCACUCAAGAUCUGGAGACGACGUUCAAGAGAGAGAGGACGUUGCUUGUAGGAAAAGAAAGCUUCGCUGAGUCUAACCUUGACAGCGAAGGAUACGUUGUUGUUGUGGAUCCUUUGGAGAGGGUGAUAAGUGUUGGUGGUGAUGUUGAAACUGAAGUAGAAUGUUCAUCAUCGUCAUCAGAGGAAGAAGAAGAAGAGGAAGAAGAGAAAGAUACAAACGCGGUCAUAGUAGCGUGGACAGAGGAUGAUCAGAAGAAUCUAAUGGAUCUUGGGACAUCCGAGAUCGAAAGAAACAAGAGGCUAGAGAAUUUGAUCUCAAGAAGAAGGUCAAGGAGAUUGUUCUUGCUUGCAGCUGAGAGAAGCUUGAUGGAUAUGGAGGUUCCUAGGAUCUGUGUUGGUCGGAACUACUACGGUUUGGAUAAUAAAGAAAGCUAUGAAAUCGAUGGGCUUCUCAUGCCAGGCUCUGCACCUUCUGUGUUAUUACCGAGAAGAAACCCAUUUGAUCUUCCUUAUGAUCCACAUGAAGAGAAGCCUAACCUCACAGGAGACAGUUUCCAGCAAGAGUUUGCAGAGUCUAACCCUAAAGAUAAUAUCUUCUUCUGCCGCCAUGAGAGCUUCCAUCACAGAGUCUUCCCAUCAGAAUCUCAAAAAGAUUCCACAUUUGAGUCUUUGUGGAAAAAGACUGUUGAUGGUAGGCCUAAGCCACUUCUAGAUAGCGAAGAUCAACUUCCUGUAAUGAAAGAAAGAGAUCUUACAAGAGGGAAAGGAAGUGAUAUGGAGGCAGGGGAGGUACGGAUAGAGACUGAUUCAAUCAGAAACGACGAUAGUGAAUCCAACGCGACGCUCUCUCCGCGAGAAAGAGAGAAAGAUUUCAAUGUCUCUGACCAGUCAGAUGCUUCUGAGACUUUCUGCAGACGAAACGAUCGUGUAGGGAAAUCUCUGGCCGGUUUAGUGCCUAGAAGCAGUGGUUCGAGCUCGCUAGCGAAUGCGAGGCAAAGAUACAUGGAGCAUUUUGGUUACAGCACAAGGAAAUGUCACAUGGUGUCACAUUCUGUUGACUCUGAUCUUCAAGUUGAGGUAUCUGAGCUCGGAUCACAUCCUACUUCGGUUGAUGGGAAUGACUCAUCUGAUGAAGAGAGAUCUUUGUUUGUUUACGAAUCGGAGAUUGGAAAGGCUGAUCAAGAUCUAAAUGAAACAGAGUCUUUAGCUUCUCCAGAGAUUGAAGACGCAAGAAAAUUGGAGCUAAUGGUUCCUCAACUUGAUGAAGCUUUCUCCAAAGAAGCAGAGGAGUUAAAGAAACUUCUUGAAAACUCAGCUGAUGAGAUAAAGAUAAGUUAUGACUCAGACGCGCCUGAACCAUCGGAGAGGAAUGAUCAAGCAUCUGGGAGAAAUGAUGGAGAAGAGAUACAACAAACUUCUGAUGUAAAUCAUAAUGGAGACUCUGAAGAAUCUGCUACUUCUCCAAGAUCAGUAUUACCAGACAUGCUGUCUGAAAGCCAAACUCAUUCUGAGGAUCUUGAUCAAACAUCAGAUGGUGAGCUUCGCAAUGUGGAUCCACCUGCAGAACCAUCUCAUAAUCAGGAACAUUCCGAGACAACUGAGGAAACUACAGUAGAAACGGUUUGUUCGGAUGCAACAGGAACAAUUCAGGAGAAUCAAGAGAGAUCUGAAGAAAGGUUCAUCAAUGAUGAGUCUAAAUCUGCAGAAGGCCACAGAUCAAUGUCCAUUGAUCCAUUGGCUAAAGAACUUAAAGACAAUCAAACCGAUGAUGAACUGCUUUGAUGCAGAUACUUGAUCGCAUUCUUACGGAAAAGUCAACCAAUUCAUCUUGGUUUAUAGGAUCAAACACACCAAUAUAGCUCCAGAGACCACUUUUACAGGUGUUACUAUGAGUACAAAACAAAUGGGUGAAAUAUACAAUCUUGUGUAGAUAGGAACUUUAUGUUUGCGUUGUAUCAUCAAAAUGUAUGUUUUUAUGCAAAAGUAUAGUGAGACAGUGUAUAGGUUUCUUGUGUGUGUCUUUGCUUCCUUAGAUCGAACGGCAAUUGAGGAGAUCAUCCUUAAACCUGUUUUGUCUUCUUCGGCUACAUAUAUUUUCGCGUGCUUAAAUUACAAAUAUGAUUUUCUCUUUUAGCUUAUACGG